CAACUUUACCCCCGAUUGAAGAAUUCUAUAAUAAAUUAAGUGAAAGCAAUAUUAGUGAAGAAAAAUAUUCCCACGCACAAAGUGUUUGGCAGUCGUUUGAAAUAAAAAAUUUAGGCGAGUAUUCAGAUUUGUAUUUAAAAACCGACGUUAUUCUUCUGGCAGAUAUAUUCGAAAAUUUUCGAAAAACUUGUAUGGCAACACACGUUUUGGAUCCGGCGUGGUAUUUCAGUAUGCCCGGGUAUACAUGGGAUUGCAUGCUUAGAUUCACAAAAUGUCGUUUAGAACUUUUGCGCGACAUUGACCAAAUUAUGUUUAUCGAGCGGGCUAUACGAGGUGGAAUUUCGGUGUGUGUUGGUAGAUAUGCGGAGGCCAACAAUAAAUAUAUGCCCAACUACGAUUCAUCCAGGGAUGAUUCCUAUAUCAUGUACUUUGACGUCAAUAACCUCUAUGGCAAGGCCAUGUGCGAGCCUCUUCCUUACGGAGGAUUCGACUGGAUGUCUCAUCAAGAGAUUGAUUCAUUUAAUGUCAUGAACAUUCCAGAUGAAUCUUCCCAAGGAUAUAUCCUAGAGGUAGACCUGGAAUACCCGCAGAAAUUACAUGACACACAUAGAGAUUUUCCAUUUUGUGCCGAACAUCGAGUGCCCCCCAAUUCAAAGUUACCAAAACUAAUGACUACUUUGUAUAAUAAAGAAAAAUACGUCAUACACUAUCGCAAUUUAAAACAGGCUCUCAAAAACGGUCUCGUACUAAAGAAAAUUCACAAAAUAUUAAAAUUUAACCAAUCUCGUUGGUUGAAAUGUUAUAUCGAUCAUAAUAAUAAAUUAAGAACCCAAGCAAAGACAAAAUUUGGUAUAAAUUUAUACAAAUUGUUUAAUAAUGCCGCUUACGGUAAAACAAUGGAAAACAUUCGCAAGCAUCGUAUUGUUAAAUUUGUUAAAGCGUGGGAUGGUCGCUACGGUGCGAAAAAUUUAAUUUCUAGUCCUAGAUUUCACAGUAGAACCAUACUUGAUAACAAUUUGUUGCUUAUAGAAUUAAAAAAAUCGGAACUUUGCUUUAAUAAGCCACUUUAUAUUGGAAUGUCCAUAUUGGAUUUGUCGAAAACGACCAUGUACGAGUUUCAUUAUAAUUACAUGCUUCCAAAUUUGGGUCCCGAAAAAUGUAAAAUUCAAUACAUGGAUACGGACAGUUUCAUUUAUAAUAUCAAAUGUUAUGACGCAUAUGAAAGCGUUAUUAAGGCCGAUUUAACAAAAUUUGACACGUCUGAUUAUCCUAAUGACAAUCCCUAUAAUAUACCGCAAAUCAACAAAAAGGUUUUGGGGUUGAUGAAGGAUGAGACUAAUGGCACCAUCAUUAGUCAUUAUGCGGGGUUAAGGUCGAAAAUGUAUACUUUCAAAAUUUUAACGGGUUCGGUAGUUAAAAAGUCAAAGGGUAUUCAGUACAAUAUUGUAAAAAAUAAAAUUUCAUUUGAUGACUACGUAGAAUGCUUAACAAAUUUUAGGGAAAAGUACGCCACUCAACGAACCAUUCGUUCAUACACUCACAAUGUAUUUAGCAUCGAACAAACAAAAGUUGCCUUGAGUCCUUUAGACGAUAAACGUUAUCUUUUGCCGAAUUCAUAUGAAACGCUUCCGUGGGGACAUUAUAAAGUGCCCUAAUUAUUUUUUAAUAUAUUUUUGUUACAGAUUAUGGUCAAACAACUUACAUUAGAAAGCCUUUGUAUUAUAACAAUUUGCGAAAAUAUUAGGUGUAGUGCUGAUUUUUUGCUUGAGUCACCUUUGCCUUGGAAACUAACGAUACUAAUAUUUAAAUAUUAUUCGAAAUAUAGAUGGAGGUACCUUAAACAAUUAGCGCUCCAGUCUGAUGGCAAUUCUUUAUUAAAUUUAGAAUUCAUUCUGUUGAAUAAGAGAUUUGGAUCGUCUUACAGAAAUAGCAUUUUGGCAACUCCAACCAUUGAUUUUGACGGAGAAUCCGCUUACUGUUUAUGGGUCAGUUAUUACAGGAUAAAAUAUUCGGAAAUUUUAGUUUACUUUUAUUGGAUCACUAUCAUUUACAGCUGGAUAUAAAUAAUUUGAAUGAUGUAUAUCACGAUAAACAAUUUUGGUGUCAAAGCUGCUUUGAAGAAGUUUUGUUCACUGUAGAAACUGAAGAUGAAUGUAAUUUAAUGCUUCACGAUGAGAGAAAAUAUGGAAAAAAGUUACGC